AUGGACCGCCAGUCUCCAGGUGAAGGCACAGCCAUGAAGUCGUCCACUAGACAGUCCCAGAUGGCCGUCGCUACCUGGGGGGUGAUCUGGCUCACUGUGGACACACCAACUCUGAAACUGAACGCAAUGGUCCUGAAGGAGUCCCCGGUGGAGGCCGACAAACCUCACAGAAGAAAGGGAGAGAAAACCUACAGCUGUGAUGAGUGUGGGAAGGAUUUUACCCGGACUGACAACCUAAAAACACACCAACUCAUCCACAGUGGAGUUAAACCUUACAGCUGGGACUUGUGUGGAAAGUCUUUUACCCUGGCUCAAAGCCUAAAAACACACCAAGUCAUCCACAGUGGAGUUAAACCUUACAGCUGUGACCUGUGUGGAAAGUCUUUUACCCGGGCUGGAAGCUUAAAAACACACCAACUCAUCCACAGUGGAGUUAAACCUUACAGCUGUGACCUGUGUGGAAAGUCUUUUACCCGGGCUGGAGACUUAAAACAACACAAACUCAUCCACAGUGGAUUUAAACCUUACAGCUGUGACCUGUGUGGAAAGUCUUUUACCCAGGCUGGAGACUUAAAAAGACACCAAAUCAUCCACAGUGGAGUUAAACCUUACAGCUGUGAGUUUUGUGGAAAGUCUUUUACCCUGGCUCAAAGCCUAAAAACACACCAAGUCAUCCACAGUGGAGUUAAACCUUACAGCUGUGACCUGUGUGGAAAGUCUUUUACCCGGGCUGGAAGCUUAAAAACACACCAACUCAUCCACAGUGGAGUUAAACCUUACAGCUGUGACCUGUGUGGAAAGUCUUUUACCCGGGCUGGAGACUUAAAACAACACAAACUCAUCCACAGUGGAGUUAAACCUUACAGCUGUGACCUGUGUGGAAAGUCUUUUACCCAGGCUGGAGACUUAAAAACACACAAACUCAUCCACAGUGGAGUUAAACCUUACAGCUGUGACUUUUGUGGAAAGUCUUUUACCCAGGCUGGAGACUUAAAAAAACACCAAGUCAUCCACAGUGGCGUUAAACCUUACGGCUGUGAGUUUUGUGGAAAGUCUUUUACCCGGGCUGGACACUUACAAAGACACCAACUCAUCCACAGUGGCGUUAAACCAUACAGCUGUGACUUGUGUGGAAAGUCUUUUACCCGGGCUGGAGACUUAAAACAACACCAACUCAUCCACAGUGGAUUUAAAGCACACAGUUGUGAGUUGUGUGGUAAGUCUUUUACCCUGGCUGGACACUUAAAAAGACACCAACUCAUCCACAGUGGAUUUAAAGCACACAGUUGUGAGUUGUGUGGUAAGUCUUUUACCCGGGCUGGACACUUAAAAAGACACCAACUCAUCCACAGUGGAUUUAAAGCACACAGCUGUGAGUUGUGUGGUAAGACUUUUGCUCUAAAUAGCAGCUUACAGAGGCAUCUAGUUACCCACUCUGGAAUUAAGGCGUACAGCUGCGACGUUUGUGGAAAAAGUUUCAGCAACAAACACUACCGAAAUAUUCACCUACGGAUUCACACUGGAAAUGAUUUUUACUUCUGUGAUCAGUGUGGGAAACUGUUUGCAACAGAUGCACAGUUAAAGCGACACAUGUUUAGCCACACUGAGGAGAGACCUUAUAAAUGUGACCUGUGUGGAGAUGGCAUCUGGAUAACAGACGGAGAUGCAGAGGUCCUGGAGCAGGUGCUGGCGAUACGAGUGCGAGGGGACAACGGAGUGAGACAGGCUGCUCCAGACAGCUGA